AUGACCGCUCUUACCGCGCGCGAUGAUAUCCCGUCUCGGCGCACGGUCAGGAAGAUGCUUGUUUACGAUGUAGACGCCGAUGUUGCAUCAAGCGACCAUCUGCAUGCAUAUCCCGAUGCGUAUUCACUGAUCGCUCUUAGGCCACAAGGCUGGCUCUCUGCCUGGGAGUCGUAUGAAUAUGGAGUUGUUGACAGACGACGAAGCUUGUGGCUCGCUCCCAUCAAUCGGUCGAGGCCGUCAAGGGACAAGCAGUAUUGUGCGACAAUAGCAUGCACCCACGAAAAAGAACACAAAGUCAUCGAAUAG